AUGGCCAGUCAUGUCUCGACGCAUGAACCAAGGCGAUCUGUCACUCCCGGCAGUCCACGCAGCGCCAAACGUAUCAAACUGGACGCACGAGAUGUCAUCACAUCGUCGGUCCCAUCAUCAGAAGCGUCGAGCAUCAAGACGAGAUCGACCUCAGCAUCGUCUGUACCCUCUGAUAGUGCGCGAGUCAACUAUCGCAACGGACUCCAUCUGGCGCCCAUGGUACGAUGUGGCACCCUGCCCACACGUCUACUAGCGCUUCACUACGGCGCCAACCUCGUCUGGGGUCCGGAGAUCAUCGACAGGGCGAUGAUGGGUAGCACGCGCACCGAAGUACCGCUGCCAGAGUCUGCACGAGCACAUGGUGGCAAGCUGAUCAAGUUUAUGAAGAACGGUCGCUCGGUCUUUGAGACACACUCGAUCGAGAAGUCAAGGUUGAUCUACCAGAUCGGCUCGUCGAAUGCUCAGCAGGCUGUCCAAGCCGCACUGCUCGUACAGCAGGAUGUCGCAGGCAUUGAUCUCAACUGCGGCUGCCCCAAGGAUUUCUCGACCAAAGGUGGCAUGGGCGCGGCUUUGCUGUCGACGCCAGACUUGCUAUGCUCGAUCCUUGAAGCGCUCGUGGAAGCAGUAGAUGUUCCGGUAUCGUGCAAGAUCAGGCUUCUGCCCACACAAGAGGAUACCCUUGCGCUUGUCGAGAAGAUAUCCAGGACGGGUAUCGCUUGUCUGACAGUCCACUGCCGCACAAAGGACAUGCGCGAUCGUGAGCACGCCCUUCACGACCGUCUGCGCGAUAUUGUCGAGCUCGUCGAAGCAAGGGGGAUUCCCGUCAUUGCGAAUGGAGACUGUUUCGGUGCGCACGAUGUCGAGAAGAUCAAGAGCAUCACCGGUGUCUCUUCGAUUAUGAUUGCUCGCGGAGCCGAAGCCAACCCGUCUUGCUUUCGCUCGUCAGGUCUCGCGGAACCCGUGUCUGAGAUCAUACCGCUGUAUCUCAAGAUUGCCCUUGCAGUCGACAAUCACUUCAGCAACACAAAGUACUGUCUGCAAUGUGGCUCGCUGGCCGACAAACACAUGACGCCCGGUGGAUCCAAGCCCACCACAUCCAAACAACUAUCUGCGCUCAAACAGUCUAUGAGCUCGGCAAAGACGUAUGCUGACUUUUGCAAGCUCUUUGAUGUAGACGAAGCAGCCGCUCGAUUGGAGACUGUGGAAGACAUCCUGCCAGACCUGCUCGAACUCGAGGGGCGCAGGGCUCAGAGCGACGAUCGCAAGGGCUUGCAGCAGAUCGAGGCAAUUCUCGAUGAAAGCGCGACCGCUGCUUCAAGUGCUGAAGUUGCUGCCGCUUAG